AUGAUCAGAGAGGAAGGAGGCAAGGGAGGAAGGGAAGUCCUCUCCCUCGCUCAAGGAAUCGUGCACUGGAAGCCUCCCCCCUCCGCCUGCGAAGCAGCAAUGCGGGGUAUAGCCGAGGAGGACACUCAUCGCUAUGGACCUGACGGAGGGAUCAACGGGCUCGUCGAUUUGAUGAGAGACAAGAUACGGAAUGAGAACCACCUUGUAAGCUCGUCGGUGAUGAUCACGGCGGGGUCGAAUCAGGCGUACAUGAACGUCGUGCUAACGCUGCUGGAUGAAGGAGACACAUCAUUGCUGCUGAUCCCAUACUACUUCAACCACUUGAUGGCGCUGCAGAUGACAGGGGCAAGGAUCGAGCUCGCUCCUACAACUAAAACUUUGCAACCUGAUCUUGAUUGGUUGAGACAAAGACUAGGGGACGUAGACAAACCAAAAGUGAAGGAGCUCAGAAGCCUCUGCGCCUCCUCCUCCGUGUGGCUGGUCUGCGACACCGGGUACGAGUACGAGAACGUGCCGCAUGCUUGCGUGGAGGGAGAAAACGUCCUCAACCUGUUUUCCUUCUCCAAGAGCUACGGGAUGAUGGGAUGGAGGGUCGGGUGUGUGGCGAUGCCGCUGGGAGUGGAGGAAGAGAUGCUCAAGGCACAAGACACGAUACCGAUCUGCCCUCCCAUCCUCUCGCAGAAGGCGGCGGCGGGAGCGAUGGAAGCUGGAAGGAAGUGGGUGAAGGAGAAGGUGCGGGGACUUUGGAGGACGAAGAAAAGGAUGAGGGGGAUGCUGGUCGAAUGUUUGGGGGAGGAAGCUGUGCUAGGAGGAAGCGGCGCUAUCUACUUGAUGGUCAAGCUGCCUGAGUCGAUGGAGGAGGACGAGAAGGCGGUGGAAUGGCUUGUAAAGAAGCACCAGGUUUGCGUCAUCCCUGGGUCAGCGUGCGGAUUUCGAGGGCACGUGAGGGUCUGCUACUCGAACCUGAGCGAGGAACGAUGCGAGGAAGCGAUCAAGAGGCUAAGGAGCGGACUCGAGGAGAUGAAGAGCCUGGAGGGAGGGAAAGGAGCUUGA